GUGUGUGCAACCAAUGAAGAGGGUUGUGACAUGAAGCAGGAAGUGCUGUGCACAUGAGCAGUAGAGGAGGGGGAGGCAGAAAUGGUUCUACUGUGUACAUGUUGUAGGAACACAGACUGAACUAUGGCUCUUAAAAUUCUAAAUAACAUAACUGGACAUUUCGUGAAAAGUUCGCAUGGAACAGGUCCUUUAAAUCUUGGACUUUUCAUCAAACUGUUGGGACGAUCAUGCACUCAAUUUUCAGGCCAUGGUGGACAGAAGGAAAAUGUGGCACAGUUGCCAAAUCCAAUCCAAUCCAAUGCCAAAGUCACGUAUAUGGACGCUGGAAAAAUCAGCAGACGAUCCCCAACCAUAACCGAACAUGCCAUAUACAAAGAAAGACUCGAGGAGUUUCUGCUUCAGAAAGGAGCCUGCCAUUUGAGUGUUGCAAGUAUCAUUUCAAGGUAUCCAAGGGCAAUUACUUGCCGUGCCAAAGACCUGCCCGAAGUUUGGGGACUUUGGCAAAGUAUCUUGAGAACGGACGAGGCCGUCUUGUUGGUCGUUACGCGUUCUCCGGAGUCUUUCUUCCGAUCAGGAGGUAUUGAGAAGUUGUCAGAAAACAUUGCCUUCUUCCAGUCUCUUGGGUUGUCGCCCAAAAUUUUAAAUAGGCUCAUGCUCAAGUCUCCUCGGACCUUCGCCAACAGUGUUCAACUCAACAAGCAGAUGGUGGCUUUUUUCCAAGAGCUCUGUGUGUGUUUGGGAGGGGAAACCCCGGAGGAAUUCACCAGACAGGUCAUCACCAACAAUGUUUUUAUUUUCGUAAGAAGUAUUAACAGAGUGAAGUCCAACAUAGAGUCCAUACAGUCCCUCAUGAAGUUGGAGAACAAGGACCUGCUCUAUUGGAUCGGUGGUGAAGCAGCGUUUACUCUCAACUUAUCCAAAAAUUACUUUGAAGAAAACUUUUUACUUUUUCAUCAAAAAAUGCAGUCUUUGGGUGUUCCGGAGGCUGACAUUACCCGGCACGUAUAUGAGAACCCCAGCAUCCUUCUUCUGUCAGCUAAAGUCUUUGUUGACAAGAUCGAUGUGCUCCUAGAGUGUGGAAUUGAGGCUAAGAAAUUACUUGAUAGUAAUUUACUGUCAGACGUGAGUUUAAGCCGCCUGAGGAAUAGGGUUAUGGUGUUGAAACAACUUGACUAUGACUUCAGAAGCAAUGGAACCAACAUUUUAUUAGUGCGUCAGACAGAUUUCGUGAGCAGGCUGAAGAGGUGGUCCAAGAUUGCCAAAACAAAGCAAAUUUGAGUUGGAUCUCCUACAGGAAAUGUAUGUGAUUUUAUUCUUCAGCAGGACAACGACUCCCAACAUACAGCCAAUGUCAUUAAGAACUAUCCUCAAUAUAAAGAAGA